UGUAAGAUUGAAUGGCGCUUGGGCCUUGGCAACGGUAUCAACAAUGAAAAAAGUAUUGAAUGUAAAAAUUGUUAAUUUGGCCUUUUCAUCAUGCUCAAUAAUGGUAUAUUAGAAAUUACUCUCAGCAAUCACUAAUCCAGCCAGCAGUAUGGAGGUGGACGAAAGACUAAGAUUCCUUGAGACUCGGAUCACAUCAAGUCUUCGUCCUAGGAAUGAUGAUCUCAAGGCCUUGUUUGCUGGUGAUGAGAACAGACAUGCCUUUCUGGAAUUCUGCAACAAUGAGGACGUCCGUCGUCUCUUCAUCUAUACUCGAGAGCCCAAGAACACGUUGGUGGCGUCUCUCUUACCUCCCAAUGAUGUCCGCACCAAAGGCGUUUUCUUCAUCAAAACAAACCAGGCUACUAAACUGACCAAAGAGAACAUCAGGACUGAUGUUGUGUUUUCAGACUGUAAUAAAAUAGUUCUCAAUCAGCUGGAACUACUUUCUAAGGAGCUGUACCUACCCCUGCUAUGUACGGAUGGAGUGCAGACAUAUGGCGGUGUUAGCUCAGACAAGCUCAUGGACAUUCUACACAGAUUGAUGGCAAAUACCAACGUCACAGAAGGACAUGUUGAGGGUCAAAUAAGCCUUCCACUGCCAUCAAUUGAAGUGCUGACUGAAGCAGCGAGUAACGCCAACCGAAGAUCCGCAGUGAUUCAUGUUCUAGAGUCAACGGUGGUUGGCUGGAUCAAGCAAAUCAAGCUUGUGCUCAAGCAUGAACCCCUUGUCGACCUGCGAGAGAAGUUUGGAGUGCGACCUUUCCCGCUGGAUGAGGUCAACCUUUGGCGACACCGUCAGAAUAAACUCCUGUCCAUCAACAAACAGUUAGAUUCUACCAUAGCAAGCAAUAUUCUUCUUAAUCUUGAUGAUGCUAGCAGUACCUAUUCACAUUCCUUUCACAACGUACGCAGGGAGAUCGGACAGGCUUUGGCCGAGACCAAUGAGAAUCUGAUGUUUCUAGGAACCCUUCUUCCUUGGUUUGAACGCCUUCAUGGAGCUAUGACACCCAAAGAAUUGAUGACAGUCUUUCCACCUCUUGUACAUACUCUCAUGCUUGUCUGGUCUCACUCAAGGUACUAUCAUCAUGACUUUGUCUUCCACAAUCUUCUUGAGUUGGUGUCCAAUGAAGUAGUAGCCAGGGCGCAGUCUUUGGUUGGUGAGAACAUCUUGAAGAAUACUAUACAGUCAUAUGCAGGCUUGAAGGAGGCUCUCAAAGUCUGCGCUGCGUACAGGGGAACCUACCUUGACAACAAAGACAAAGCUGAUGAACUCAACGCUGAACGAGUCUCAGAGACAGCAGAAGCAAUGAAUCUGAACCCACCCAAGGGAGUCCUGUACAACAGUCGUCUGUACAGUGGGACUCAGAAGCGCCCUCCCACCAGACAGUCAUCUACUGAGGUAUGGAGGGAUACCAGUACUAAUAGUGCUGUUGUCAUUCAUGAAGACGAAUGGAGUGAUUCACCAUGGCCGCCUAGGAAUGCUCCUUGCUUCAAUCUACUCAAUAGCUUCAUGGAAAGAUGCAAUGACCUUCUUGAGUUGGUCCAAACGACCCGUCACUUCAACCUCCUUCAGAAGGCCGCUGAGGUGGGCGGGGCAGGAACCAAGAGCUUGGAUGCCCUCGUCAGAGAGAUCCACCUUGAGUUCACCACCUCCAUGGAUCACUUCGGGUCAGAGGUCACUGAUAUAUUGGACAUCACAGAGAGUCAGGCGUUUGAGAAGGCAUUCUUUAUGUUUAGAUCUGUUGUAAAGGAUCUUGAGAGGCGAUUAGCCAGUGUCCUGCGGCAGAGCUUCUGCCAGUGUCCAUCCAUCGGUUCCCAGCUGCGUCUCCUGGAGGUUUUCGAGGGUGUCAGCGGCCGUGAGAUGGUCCAGGAAUACCUGAAGGAUAAGGACCAGGCCCUGAUCACAUCCUUCACCAACGAGCUGAUAGCAGUCAGGACCAUGUUCAUUGCUAAGUCUUCUGAGCCUCCUCUUCAUGCCAACCUACCUCCCAUAGUCUGUAAGCUGACAUGGGUUGGAGCACUCAAACGGAGGAUUAAGGAGCCCAUGGAGAAGCUAAAACGGGUGAGUCCGCAUUCCCUCGACGGGGAUGCUGGCUGGCAUCUGAGGGACAUCUUCAAUGACACGAUGACAGACCUGUCUAAGUAUGAAGAGAAGAGUGUAACUGAUUGGCAGAAGAUGCUUCAUAGUGAGCUCAGAGACAGACUCAAACAACCUCUCCUGACUGCCGAAGACUACGAUGAGGAGACCGAACUCCGACCCCAGGUCCUUCAUGUGAACCUUGACCCUGAGCUUCUGCUCCUCCUACGUGAAGUUCACUACCUUGCCCAGCCUCCGUUCAAUGUCAAGCUUCCUGACGGUGUGAGAGAGCUUCUGAGACACACCGAUGGGGCAACCCUCAGGACCACUGCGGCGAGGCUGGAGACCAUCGUGUCCAAGUAUAACCAAGCCAUGAGAUCCAUAGUGGACUUUGAGAGACCAUUGUUUGAGAGGAAGCUAGGAAAGAUUGACCAUCUGCUGGAGCAAGGCCUUAGCCACUACACUUGGAAGACAACAGAGAGUGCUGACUUCAUUGAACUUGCCUCAUCACUUGUUGGAGCUGACCUCCACCGUACACUGGCCAUCGUCCAGUCAAACUGCCAAGAGAUGGUUGAGAUCACCCAGAAGUGGUCAAGCGGGGCACUGGACGUCUUUGAAUGCAGGGCUGCAAUGGUCAGCUAUUCAAUGGAUAAGUUACUGGAUUGGCAAAGAACCCUAAAUGAAGAGAUCGAACGGUUGAUCAAACCAUCUGGUCUACGGAUCCAUGCCAUGCUACAGAACUCAUUUGAGGUCGUCCAGAUCAGCCGAGCUUCUCCAGCCUGGGAGGAGUAUGUAGACCACAUCGAUGCCCUGGUCCUUGAUGGUCUAAAGCAGACCUGUCUAAAGAGUCUUAGAUCCAUGCUCAAUACACUGGUCCUAGCUAACGUAUCAGAGACUGAGGAACCCAACAUUCCUAUCUUGACCAUCCGUAUGGAGUUAGUGGAGAACACAGUGACCUUUACCCCUCCCCUUGACCAGAGUACAUCAGUGACCAGUGUCCUGGAGAAUGUCAACCGUUGGCUAGAACAGUUCAGGUCUCGAGGGGCACUGGUCAAGAUGCUUAGUCCACUAGCAGAGGGUGGAUACAAGGAUUAUAUCAGUGUUGAUGAUGAGGUCAUUGAACUUUGUGAGAAGAUCAUCAGCUUAGUGAGUGAAAAUAGUGAAGAAUGCAAGAAACUCUUGGAGCUGUUUAAGAGUUACACAUUCCUAUGGAUGCAUGACAUCAACGAGACGUUUGAUGAGUUUCUUCACGGUCGCCUGACCCCCAAUCCGCUCCGUAACCCUGAGAAAAUCAGUCCGUCUGCACGUCUGAGGUCGGCUGCUUCUGAACGUUCAGUCAAGUCUGCUCACAGCGGAAGGGCCAGUUCUGCAUCCAACUACAGUAUCAGUCAUACAGGAGCUAUGGGAACGGCUGAGAAAGCUUUCUUAACACCUAAAGAUGAAGAUGAAGAGGUUGAUGUACCUUCUCUAGAUCUCUUUGAUAGUGAGAUUGAUAUCUACAAGACUGCUCGGGAUGAGAUCAUAGCGGUGGUGGACCAACGUGAUGUCGGCUGGAUCCGCUGUGACCUGGAACCGAUCAAGCAAGUCCUGACGACCUACGCCAGUAGGUGGAUGUGGACCUUCACCAAGUAUCUUUCCGAUCAGGUAACAGCUCUGCUUAUGGAUCUAGACUUCUUUUUGAAGCGUAUUGAGCCUGAGAUUGAGAGUAUCAGUGGUGAAGAAAGAGAUACAGCAUCCUUCAUGAAGAUGAUGAGAAUAUUCAAUGAGGUUUCUGCCAAACAACAAGAGAUGGAUGGUCAGUUCACCGCUAUGAACAGGACAGUGCUACUCCUCAAGAAGUAUGGUCAAGCCCUGCCAGAGAGGACCAAGUCCCUCUACGACGCAGCGCCAGGCCGAUGGAACAAUCUCAAGACCAAGGUCUCUCUGGCCAAGCAGAGACUAGGACCAAGGAUACAGGAAGAAUCAGCCAGUAUUACAAAGGAUCUUGCUGAGUUUGGUGAACGAGUGGAAGCAUUGAACAGCUCCCUCUCUGAUUCUGAGGUAUAUACCUGGGAUUGUUUCCUGGACGAUGCCUUCUCAGAGAUUGACAAGUUUCAGAGAAAACUUGAGGAACUGGACAACGAAGCACAGGACCUGAUUGAACUUCAGGAUCUGCUGGAGACAGCAGUUGUCAACUUCACCAUCUUGCCAGAGUGUCGUCAUGAGCUUCACAAUCUUCAUGAGGUAUGGGACACAGUGAGAACCCUUCAGGAGCAGCAGCAGGAAUGGAAACAAGAGCGAUGGCAGAGUAUGAAUACCAAGUAUCUCAGAGAAGCUACUAACGAUCAACUAACGACCGUCAAGACCCUGCCUGAUGAGACUCAACAUUGGGACGUCACUAGAGGGCUUCAGGAAUCUAUUCUUGUCAUCCAGGCCUGCCUUCCAUUGAUUGAAGAUCUUAGUAACCCAGCCAUGAGAACCAGGCAUUGGAAGCAGUUAGUGCGGGUCACUGGGGGCGCCCUUGUCAUCGACAACGAGAGCCUAAUCAACAUGACCUUCGGUCAGCUUCUUCAACUUGGUCUUCAGAACCAUGUGGACGAAGUAAGAGCCAUUGUACAGCGAGCCGUCAAGGAUGUGACCAUUGAGAGUGCGCUGAAGACAUAUGAAGAGAUCUGGCUCAGCAAACUAUUUGACCUUCGACCCCAUGUCCGUCAUAUCGUAGUAGGCACCAGUGAAAAGAACGAUAAAGAUCAACAUUCUGACACCAAGAGUGAGAUGUCUCAGAGUCAGAGUGACCUUGGAACCGCCAUCACCGAGACACGAUCUCGACGUCGAACCAUGAGUAGAAUGUCUGCCCUCACCCUCGGAGCUGGCCGACAGAAGAGGGCGAGCGUCUCCUCAUUGCCGGCAUCUCUGCUCAACUUAGGAGAUGAUUCUGGGAACUUAUUCCUGUUGAAGGACACAGAUCCUAUCUUCACUGAGCUUGAAUCCCAUCAGGUAGCUCUCCAGGGUAUGCAGAGUAGCAGUGCUGCAGGGUCUUUCCUGGAUGAAGUCACCAAGUGGCAAAAGAGGCUACAGACCAUUGAAGCAGUCUUGACAGUGUGGCUUGAGGUCCAAGAGAAAUGGGUCGAACUAGAAGAGGUGUUUAGUGGAGCUGAUGUCAGAGCAUCUCUAUCUCAUGAAGCAAGUCUCUUUACGUCAGCAAACAGGGAUUUUAGACUUCUCAUGAGGGCGUCUGAGAAGAAUCCAAAUGUUCUUCAGUGCUGCCAGAGAAAAGCAAUCCUUGGUUUGCUUGAGAAGAUGAACAGUAACCUUGAGAUCUGCAGACGUUCCUUGCUUCAACAUCUUGAGAGACGAAGGCAGAGGUUCCCAAGGUUCUACUUCCUUUCAAUGGAGGAUGUGCUUCAUGUUGUAUGCAACGGCUAUGAUCUCAACCAGGUGAAUCUCUACCUUCCAAAACUCUUUGAGAACCUUGGUCGGUUAGAGUUUGAGAACAAUGCCUCUGAAGCUGCAGAAUCUAACUUCCAAGUGACCGGCUUGAUUAGCAUGCUUGGAGAGAAAUUACCCCUCAAACAGGUUGUAUCUUGUGAGGGUCCUAUUGAAAACUGGCUCGGCAACCUCAUCCCCAUGAUCAAGACUUCCUUGCAGAAUCAGCUAGCCUCGGCCCUGGCACACGAGACCCUGGACCUGCAGGCCUCCUUCCAGAGUCCUGGACCCAUAGAGGGGCUAGGACCAGGUCCAAGAAAGGAGAGGGAGAUUCACAGUGCAGGGGCCAGAAAAGUCACAGUUGGGAAAGAUGAGCGUAAAGGAGGACCAGGGAGUCGUGCUGGUAGCCGAGCCGGUAGCAGGACCGGACAGAGAACCAAGAGACCUAGUACCAGAGAAUCCCAACAAGAGGGACCCUUAGAGGCCACCAAAGAACCUCCUACUAAGUCCUGGAUGUUAGAACAUGUGACGGAGGUGGUAUAUCUAGCGAUGCAGAUACAGCUUGGUGAUCAAGUAGAGAGAGGACUGAAGGCAGUAGAUGGAGGAGAGAAAGACUCACUCAAGGAUAUCUUAACGAAGAUGAAUACUAGCAUCCAAUCAGCCGUGGUGAUGCUGAAAGGAAUUGAAGAUGAGAAAGAGAAGAAAGCAAGACUUAGGAAAGAACUCAGGAAAGAAGCAAAUAACAACAUUGAUAACUCGGCUGCGGAUAACAACAGCACGGUCGUCUCACAGACUGGCCGGCAGAGCUCCCACUCAUACCGUGGUUCUCAGUGGAGUCUUAAUGAACCAGCGAUCCCACAGCCAGCCACGCCCAUCCAAGAAGAGGGUAGUAUGCACUCUGUGAUCAAUGAAGAGGCUAGUGAUGUCAAGUCCGAUUUGUGCGAGGUGUGGGAGGUUGGGCCGUAUACCCAGUGA